UGGUUUGCCACGAUUUGAGGGGCUUGCUGCAGGUUUUGAGGGUCUGUUUUGUCGCAAUUUGAGGUAUUUUACUGACUCUCGGUCCAGCUCUCUCCCUGCGGAACCCGCGACCGUCAUGGGCGGCACGAGGGGGCGGCGGCUUCUCCUCUUCCGUUCGCUUCGUGUCUGGAUCAAUUUCGCUUUCGAUUUCUCCGGGCCACCUUCGGGGACGGGGCCCGUCCCGCAUGGGGCAGGGGCCGCAGGGCCCCGGCGGUGGCGGCUGCGGGAGCGGGAGCAGGAUCCCGCCCGGGACACCAUGAGGCUGGUCCUCGCCAUGGUGUUGGUCACGCAGCUGGAGCGCUCGGACGCCGCGGGCUGUGAGCCGGGCGAGUACCCCAAUGGCACCGAGUGCUGCCCCAUGUGUGCUGCGGGAUGGCGGGUUUUCAAGCACUGCACUGCCAGAUCCAGCACAACGUGCAUACCUUGUGUGGAGGGGACCUAUACAGAUCACCCCAAUGGUUUAACACGCUGCAGGACAUGCAAACUGUGUGAUGAAGGGGCCAACCUGGUGACAGCAGCAGCGUGUACCUACACGAAGAACACAGUGUGUGGCUUCCUGGGUCACCGCGGGCAUCAGCGGCUGCUGGGAGGUGGGGCUGUGAUGGCGAGGGGAGUGGGAGGGCAGAGGGGGUACAACAGCGGAGGAGGGGGGCUGUGA